GGCCGCAGCGCCCGCAGAAAUCCUGGGCUGGUGGUGCUCCUUAAAUUUAGCAACGGGAAUGGCAAGUUUGAGGAGCGUGGUACUACGGCCCUGGUUUCGAGAGCUGGUACUGGGGUCAGAGAGGCUCUCAAGUCCACGGGCCGGGCAAUUGCUCCAGGUGCUGCAGGAGGCCGGGGUCCCAGGCCCGUCCCAGGCCCCUGAUACGUCUGAUGUCGGAGCCGCGCUGCUUGUGUCCGACGGGACCCACAGUGUCCGAUGCCUGGUGACGAGGGAAGCCCUGAACGCCUCGGACUGGGAAGAGAAGGAGUUUGGCUUCCGAGGGGCUGAAGGCCGGCUGCUGCUGCUGCAAGACUGCGAGGUCCGAGUCCAAGUGGCAGAGGGCAGCUCUCCUGCGGAGUUCUACCUCCAGGUGCACCGCUUCAGCCUAAUGCCCACAGAGCAGCCCCGAGAUUGGGUGACUGGUUGCAACCAGGACCCAGAUGUGCAGAAAAAGCUCAAAGACUGCCUGGAGGAACACCUCUCAGAGUCCACAUCCUCCAAUGCAGGCCUUUCACUGUCCCAACUUCUGGAUGAGGUGCAAGAAGAACAGGAGCAUCAGGGGGCACUAGUGCGCCUGGCUGAGAGCUGCCUGAUGUUGUCAGGCCCUUGUACAGCACCCCCACUCACCCGAUGGGCCACCUCAAGCCACUUGGCCAUGGGAGAAGCUGUGUAUACUGUCCCCAGCCCAUGGCUGCACAUCUCUGAGAAUGACCAGCAAAUCCUGAACUCUCUGAGCCCUGGUCAGAGGACACAGGGCCCUGAGCUGCCCCCACCAGACCCAGCUUCUUUUCAGGAGCUAUCGCUGACCCUGUCCUCCUCUCCUUCCUCACUCAGUUCCUCAGGAACACCUGCAUUACCCAGCCACACGUCGUCAGAGGAAAGUGGUACCGGUGUCAAUCUUCUGCCUACCCUGUCCUUGGCUGCUCCAGACACAAGGCAAAAGGGCAGCUUCCAGUCCCGACCAGCCAUCUGCUCAGCCUUUGGCGCCCUGCCCCCUCAUUCCCUACACCCCAGUCAUGUACCCAACUUCCCACUCCUGAGUUGUAUUCCAAGUAUGUCACCUCUUGGUCACAUCCCCAAUCCACAUCAGGCCCAUGUGACUAGCCCCCAGCCCCAGAAAUCUAGACUGGAGUUCAAGGAGCUAGAAUUGCCACCCAAGAACUGGCAGCAUUCUCCAAGGAUAGGAACCACCAAGGGAGUCCUCGAGUCCAAUCCUGUCUGGGACCCCCCAAAGAAGCACCGUGACAGUUCCACUUUCCAAUAUGCCUAUGACCCACCUUGUACUUCCCUCUGUGCCCAGGUCCAAGCUGCCAGGCUCCCUCCCCAGCUCCUGGCCUGGGCCUUGCAUUUUCUGAUGGAGCCACAGCCAGAAUCUGAGCAAACCCAGGUGUGAGGAGUCAUAUGACCACAUGGGAGAAUGUGUGCAUACAGGUCCAUGCCUGUGGGUGGACAAACAGUGCUCCACACUCUGCUUCCUUUGAUUUUUUUAAUAAAAAUAAUCUCA